AUGGAGAGCAGCAACGUGGAGAUCCUGCACGUGGCCAAGCCGGACAAGUACCAGCUCCACCUCCAUGAGAGCUGCGUCCUCUCCCUCAAAUUCGCCUCCUGCGGUAAAUGGUUCGUGAGCACAGGGAAGGACAAUCUGCUGAAUGCCUGGAGGACGCCCUAUGGAGCCAGCAUCUUCCAGUCGAAGGAAUCCUCCUCGGUCCUGAGCUGCGACAUCUCCACCGACGACCAGUUUAUCGUGACCGGCUCGGGAGACAAGAAGGCCACGGUUUACGAGGUCAUUUACUGAAAGGUGGCUGGACGUGGGGGAACCGGCCGGCCGGGCGUCUGUCCCAGCCCCCCACCUCUGCCCCAUGGACAAAUAUCCACAGCAGUGAUUUUCCAAAGAACCCCUGGAAGGGAGCGGGGGGGUCGUCGGCGAAGCUGGAGAGAAGAGCAAAGUGGGGGACCCUUGGAGUUCCAGCCAGCGCCCCCUUCCACUGAGGAAAUCGCUCUUGGCCCGAAGGGACAGCGUCUGCCUGGAUCCUGGGCGCUCUCAUUCUUUUGGGUUUUUAAUCUGAACACUGGGGGACUUUUUUUUUUACGGCUGUACACUUUUUCUUUUUCUUUUUAAUGCUCCAGGCUGAGCUGGGAAGGAGGUAGCCACUCCACCCCUGGCUGUCUGGCUUCUAGGUUGUAUUU